AUGGCUUCACUAGCGACUCAAGAUCGCUCUCUAGUUGUGUGGGCUGUGAAAAUCACAGCUAUGUAUGUCAUCCACAUUCAAGGCAAUCCCUUCAGUUUUGAGAAUCAGUUAUCUAGCCUCGGCGCAGCAGCAGCCAUCACCAACGCGCCGAUGUGGUGGUUCUUAAAUAUCGUAUCUAGCUCCGUCUUUCUACUGACCAUCAUCCUAUCGAUACCCAUAUCAUUCGAUGUAGGUGGACGCGAUAGUGGGCUGGCUUAUAGUCUUUCCCUCUUUGGCUUCUAUCUGCUCUAUAGUUCCGCUAGAUUAGCUACACCCGAUAACUCGCGCGUACGUUGGGCCCUCACCAAGUUCCUGCAAACCUCCCAGUGGGUUGUGAUUCCGACACUUUUAAUAUGGUCUCUACACAACUUUGCCAUCGAUGCGAACAGCACCGACUGGGUAGCGAGGACGAUUGGGGGGCUGCGGGAUGGUCAGAAACACACCACCUGGUCUGAUUGGUUCUUCGGCAAUGGGGGUCUUGUAGAGUCGGUGGCCUUAGGUACUUGGGAUAAGACUUUGCGCUAUUCGAGUCCUGUAUUUCAGCUUGCCGAAGGGUUCUGUACGCUGUUGGUCAUCCAAGCUGCAGGCCGAAUUUCGAAAUGGCUUGUGAACAGGGGAAGAAGCGAUACUUGGGUUCUCAUUCUCUUAAUAUUGUCUGCUUCCACCAUCGCCAGCGCUGUCUACUUCCUCUGGAGAGUUGCCUUGUUUCCCAGUAUCAACAAUAUUGAUGCGACCCUUAUCGGCGUGGCAGUAACCUCGGCAGUUUUCUUAGCUGCCAUAGGAAUUGGCACCGGUCGUGGAAAUGCUGUUGAAUCAUCAUUAUUAUUUGCUUACGUGGUCCUAUGCAUUUACCAGAUAUUCACCGACUAUGUCCAGUCACCUGAAGCUCAGGCGGCAGCCGCCGAGCAAGCAGCCAACCAACCCGAGUUUCCCCCUCUACCACCCAUUAUCAUGGCAAGCUACUCGACUCUUUUGCAUCUGUUCAGCUUGUUGCCCUCAGCCGUGUACUCCUCACUCAGCUUCCUCUAUGCGGCAUUCCAAACCAUUGCACCCUCGGUUAUGAUCUCCCUGGUAUACCGACUCAUCGUGUUUUACUGUGCAACUCGGAUCAUUCCGGCGAUACGAGAAUCAGGUGCUGGAGCCUUUAUGCAAGAACCGUCCCUGGACGAUUCAGAUGACGCAAAUCGCGUCUUGGGUUUCCUCUCUUGGUUCUCGCCAUCGAUCCUCAUUGCCGUCUACACCAGUCUCCUAUUACAGCACUUCUCUGCUAGUGAUAGCGAGGAAGGCUGGACACUUCACCAUGGCGAUGCGGGAGGCAAUACUUGGCGGUGGGUCAAUGUUUCUGCUACCAUGUUUCUCUACGCCAUCGAGUUAUCCAUGGGCCACGAUGACGCGGAUAGCGGCUUAGGUGGGCAUUGGAAAACCGACUAG